AUGGAAGGCAAGGAGGAACUGGUGAGCUCUUGGCAGGACCUGCGUGGGAGGAGCCUGCUGACAGGGGAACACAAGUUCGAAAUCAUCGCCGGUGGCCGCCAUGCCGACGUCGUGGCUCUGGACGGCGGAAUGGAGGCCUUUGCCGCCCUGUCAUGCGUUAAGACAGACGACCACCACGCCGGCGGUUUUAUGACAGUUUGCAAGGGGGCCACAGGAUCAGGGGCUUCUGAGGCAGCCAAUCCCCAGCAGAAGGUCCUGCAUGCUCCCGAGAGCUUGCCAGACAGCCCCAAGUCCACCAACGAGCAGGUCUGCUUCGACGACGAGGAGGCAGAGCUGCUGCCUGCGACCAAGCCCAUGCAAUUCGAGGGGGCAGACUGUGUCCAUCCCACCAGGCCGCAGGAGGCUGUUGAGGCAGUGCCAGAGCUGGAGGAAGACAAUGACGCCGAGCAUGAGGCCUCCAGCCUAGCUGGCUCGGAUCACGAGUACGCCUUCAUCUUCGAGAAGCCCCUGUCCAGCCCGGCAGUGGACAUUUACAUGCAGGAUGCUCCCGGAUCGGGCAGCAGGCGCCGGGGCCUGGAGACGAGCCUGGAGGCCAGCCGUCAGGCGGCACUGCCUCCCACUUCGCUGUCAAAGUCCCAGGAGAUGAUAGCACAGGGGCCGCAGCCCCCAAGCCCGGCCCCUCCAGCUGAGCUGGCAGGGGCCCCCCAAGACAGCGCCGCUGAGGGCGGCGCGGUAGUACCCAAUGCACUAAGCUUCAGAAUGGAUGAGGACGACUCAGCAGCAAAGAAGCUGCCUGCAGCGCAACACGCUAAACCAGUACUUGAUGAAUCUGCAGAAAGUAUCAACAGCGCACAGGCACCCACCGAGCAUGCCGCAGGCUCGGUGGCGGCGAGGGCAACAGUGGAAACAGCAGGCGGCAAUGUGAGGGGCACAGAGGGGCUGAGGGAUACGGGAGGUGCCAGGGAGCCAGUGAUGGCAAGGGGCGGUUUGGCACGAGCGUGGCAGUGCAGUCUGGACGAGGUUGGGGUCAUCCCGGGUGGCCGCGCGGCGUUCGGCGCGCCGGCCCCGGCGCAGCGGCCGCAGGCUGGCGCCGAGCGCCCGGCGGUGGCGGCCGCGGGGAUCGGCCGGGCCCCUGGCGGGUCGUCGGUGCGGCUACUGCCGCAGCUGCACGCACAGACGGCCGCGCGGCGCGCGGCGGCGUCGGACGCCCGGCCGUUCCCGCGGCUUGUGCUGCGGCGGCUGGAGGCGCGCGCGAUGCCCGGCAACAUGCUGGACUGCUUCGACCGCCUCUGGCACGGCGGCAGCAGCGUGGUGGCAAGCCAGUCCUGACCUGCUGUUCUGCUCUCGUCUCGUGUGCUGUUCUCAAGCAACCGCCAUGUACAUAAGCAAAUGGGGUCCUCUCCCCAUGUUCUUCUUUGGCAAAUGUUUUAGGGAAGGAAUAUGGUGGUUAGGCUGUGGAGUAUUUCUGUUGGGUGUGUCUGAGGUUGUGAUUCCUGCCUCUCCUAGAUUGUAAUGUCUCUGUAUAAAAGACAAGCUGUGCGCUGGCCUUUGCUGCUGCGCAAAAGUUUUGAUGGUUGUGUACAAUCCCUGCAGGCUGCAGUUUUUCUCCUUUUGUACAUUACGUAGCUGCAGGCUGCAGGCAUUUAGGGCUGUUGAGACUGUUCAACAUGAACCGGGUGCUUGAGCAAAGAUGUAUCAUUGAAUGCACAGACCGUUGUGUAUCGGCUGCAGCAACGGCUAGUGCACAACUUUGCAGAGAAUUGUAAUACUUGGGUUUG